UUGCGAAAGCGUUAUUGUUAAAUAUAUGAAUAAAAUCUGAUAUUAUUGUACUUGAGAGUGGAAAAGUUCUACAAAAUAAUGGUAUUUUACUAAGAUUGUCACAACAGGGUAUUAUAUGCUUUUUAUAAACAAUAUUUCUGAUUAUUGAGUUCCUGAGCAAAGAAUUCUAGAAGAACAAUUUUUUAUAACCAUGGAAUCAUCCGACAGGAAGAAUGUUUAUCUUACAAAAACAGGUGAUAACUCUUUGAAUUCUGGAAUGAGAGAUACAAUGAUUGUUGGUCAAACAAAUAUGACUCAAGAAUGCGGUGAACCUGUAAUGAAACCUGGUAAUGUGUCCAGUGUUUCAAACAAUCAAACAAAAUGGUCGAACAUGCAAAGUAAAAAUUUUAUUAUUAAUGCAGUACCAGUAAAGAACGAAAUUGUGUUACCAGACGAUGGUGCGCAUUGCAAUAAGAAAAUGCAUUACUAUGACAGACAUUAUGUAAGUCACGAUGAAACAGAAAAACCAACGCGUAGAGGAACAAAAAGAUAUAGAGACAAAGAUGCGCCUAAAAGAGCAUUAUCUGCAUUUUUCUAUUUCUGCCAAGAGUUACGAGGAAAAAUGAGAGAAUUACAUCCAGAAAUGGGUGUAGGUGAUAUUGCUAAAGAAUUGGGUAAAUUAUGGAUGAGUACGGAUCUUCAAACUAAAUCAAAAUAUAUGGCAAUAGCGGAAGAAGAUAGAGCCAGAUACGAAAGAGAAAUAAUUGCAUAUAACAAAAGAGUAAAAAACUAUGAUCCUGAAGAAGUUGGACCUGUGUAAGUUUUUGAAUACACAAAUGAAACAGCGAAGGACAGUAUAUUUUGUCCUAAUUCAAGCACUCGCCAAUUAAAAAUAUAUAACAAUUUUACUAAUAGUUUAGUAUUGUCAAUCGUUGUAUAUAUUAUGUACACUAUUGACAUUUACAUCUAAAAAUAAUUACACUCAAUAUAAAAUUUGGUUGCAAUUCUUGGAAACAACGUUCGAUAUCAAUUAUCGUUCUCCAUUAAUUUCGUAAUUGGAUACUAUUUUUAUGUGAAUAAGGUGUGCUAAUAUAUUUACAAGCGAUACCUACUACAAGUAAUUAAUAUUAAUAUCAAUAGUAAUAAUAAUAAUGAAAAUUAUGAUGCAGAUGAUAAUAAUAAUAUUAUUAUUGAUGAUGAUAAUCUAUAUUGCUAUUAAAUAUGUUAUACGAUUGAAGCACAAUAGCAAGUAAAAGUCAAGCAGAGUGAGCUUUGUACAGUGCACUUGUCUUGUCUACUUACGCAUUAUUCAUGUUUAUAUUGACAAAACUAGAUAUCAGGGACUAUUUAUAUCUAAAACCCUGUAUAGUACACAUAUUCCAUGUAUUUUGUUCUUUUUCCAAUAAAGGUAAAAUCAUUUAAUGCAUUAUAA